ACCUUGCGUCGAAGUGACGUGAUCACUUAUACGUGUUGUUGUUAUUCAUUGACUUCUAACUUAUAAUAUUUUAACGACCGUGCAAGUGAAAAUGCCGCGACCUUCGCGCGAAUCAUACGGUGACCAAAAACCACCAUACUCGUAUAUUUCACUAACCGCUAUGGCGAUCUGGAGUUCUCCCGAACGCAUGCUGCCGCUGUCGGAGAUCUACCGGUUCAUCACGGACAGGUUCCCGUACUACCGGCGCAACACGCAGCGCUGGCAGAACUCGCUGCGGCACAAUCUGUCUUUCAACGACUGCUUCGUGAAGGUACCCCGCCGCCCAGAUCGGCCCGGGAAAGGAGCCUACUGGACACUGCAUCCACAAGCCUUUGACAUGUUCGAGAAUGGAUCAUUACUCAGGAGACGUAAGCGAUUCAAGUUGCAAAAGGGAGAGAAGGACAAUCUAAAUGCAGAAUUAGCAGCUCUCGCAAGUUUCAAUAGAGCAUUUUUGGCUAGACAAGCAAGCGCUCCUCCUCCACCGACAGUUCUACCCAGUGCUAGUUUAUACACUCCAUCGAUGUGUCCCCAAUUAAGUCCUGAGCCAGCGGAAUUGCCAGAAGUAACGACGAUGACAAUGUUACCACGCGAGAGACCCCGACGGGCGUUUACAAUCGAUGCGUUAUUGGAACCGGAGCCACCGAGGUUGUCGCCGUCGCCGCCUCAGCCGGUGUUGACGAUACAACCCAUGCCGAGGCUGGACCUGUCGAUGCAGUCUCAUUACAUGGUGGCUGCGCAGCGAUACCACGCAGAGCUGCUGCAAGCGGCGGCGCACGCGCUGCGCCCCUGCUAUCUGCCGCCGCCGCCUCUACCUGUCGCGUGACAUCACCGCUCUUUCAGCAGCUGCUCCAAUAUUUCGUGCAAUGCUAGAUUGUAAGUACAUUUAAUUCCAUAAAGGACAUCCUACUUUUGUAAAGUGAUACGAAAAUAAUUUAGGUAGGUAUAAACAUUUAUAAGAAUGUUAUGUUGUUGAAAAUUCUGUUUUACAAAAGAACCUAAUUAGAAAACUAAAUUACUAUAUAGGUUCCGCGAUGAUUAUAGGAAUUUUAAUGCUAACAAAGUCUAUACGUUUGUGUAUUACGUAGAUGCAACGAAGUUCAUUUUCAUAUGAGAGGACGCAGUAAUUUAUGUGGAGGCCAUAACAAAUCGGCCUAGCAUUUAAUCCGCAAUGAUUAAUUCUUCGUAGAAAGUACGGUUAAGCGAUCUCAUAUUUAGAUUAUUGUAGGCAAUUAUCAAAUUACUCGUAAUGUAUAAUGUGUAUUUAUUGAAUCAAUAGGUUAUGUAACGAUAA